AUGUCGAUUGAUCUUAACUGGGAGACGCUCACAAGCGGUCCAGACGGCGAUGCGCUGGCCGAGAGCAUCAGGACCUUCAUCCACGCCAAAUUCCAGACGGUGCCACUGCCGCGGUUCAUCAGAUCUGUCAACGUCCACGGCUUUGACUUCGGCACGAUCCCGCCAGAGCUGGAGCUCAAGGACAUCACAGACCCGCUGCCGGACUUUUACGAGCAGGACGAUGAGGACGACAGCCAGGACAGCGACGAGGACGAGGAGAGCAUCGCCGAGCGGGAGCGGCUGGCGGCGGCGGCGGCGAUGAUGGAGGCCCGCAAGCGCGAGAACGGCCUGCGGGAGGCGCUGAAGAGCGACGUGAGCAGCCACGAUCUGGGGAGGGCGUUUCUGGGGACGUCGACGCCGGGGAUCUUGGGCGGGCCGGGGAGGAACUAUUUCCAGGCGCAUCUGGCGACGGGGACGCAUACGCCGCUGGCUGCGGUGGCGGGCGCGCAUUUGGGGGGCACGAGCUGGAUGGGCUCGGCGGCGGGGUCGGAGGUGCAGACGCCGUAUCAUAGCAGGGAGGCGUCGCUGAGCUCGAUUGAUAACUUGCUGGAUCCGGGGAUGGGGGCACUGAGCUUGGGUGCAAAGUCGGAUGUGUCGAGCACGCUGGGACAGCCGUCGAGGCCGUCGACGAGCCAUGGGCAGGACUCUGCGGUUGUUGAUGACGACGAUGACGACGACGAAGUGGAAAGAGGCGGCAAGAGAGAGGCGAAGGUGGAGGAUGUGCAGGCGGUGUUUCGGAUCCGGUACGCGGGCGACGUGAGGCUGAACCUGACGGCGGAGAUAUUGCUCGACUAUCCGAUGCCGAGCUUUGUGGGGAUUCCGCUCAAGUUGAAUAUCACGGGGUUGACGUUUGAUGGGGUAGGUGUGCUGGCGCAUAUUCGGAAGAGGGUGCAUUUCUGCUUUUUGAAUCCGGAUGAUGCGUUGGUUGCGGUGGGACCGGAGGGGGAUAAAGGAGAGGAAUCUGUGGCGGGAGAUGGUAAUGGAGGUAAUGGAGGAGGAGAAAAGGAGAAGAAGCAGCAGACUGGAGGGAGAUUCGGGGGACUGCUGCAGGAGAUCAAGGUGGAGAGCGAGAUUGGCGAGCGGGAGAGCGGGAGGCAGAGCUUGAAGAAUGUGGGAAAGGUGGAGAGGUUUGUGCUGGAGCAGGUGAGGAGGAUAUUUGAGGAGGAGUUUGUGUAUCCGAGUUUCUGGACGUUUUUGGUGUGA